CUCUAAUAACUCACAUUUUAUGACUAAUGACUAGAUUAACACACAAAAAAAAGAAAGAUAGAAAAUGCAUAAGUAAGACUGAAAUGCCCCAUCGGUUAAAAAAUUAGUUCCCAGUAAAAAUAAAUUAAGGCAAAAUUACUUUUAGUUGACCAAAAAAAAGUGAAACCUCUUUGAAAAAAAAAAAUCCUCACGAUACUUUUCUCUCCCAUGACCCCAAGAACCCUAAAUCCCCAAAUUGUGAAAUCCUCAAUCUCUUGACUCUCUUUAGUUUUCAUCAUGAUUUCUCAUCGAUUUCUUCAUUUCCACACCCUAAUCAACCACUAAAACCUUCGAUUCACAUAGGAAAAGUGAAUCCAAAACCCAGGCGACGAAACCUAAACCCCCUUUCGAAAAUUCUCAGCUGCGUCGAAUCUCAAGGCUUUCAUCACUUAUUCUCGUUGAUUUCGACACUCUUAUAAGCUCCUCUCCACAUCAAUCAGUUUAAUUCACCUAUUUUGCCAUCAAAUACGGAUGACUACAUCAAAAAGUGGAAAAAAAUAUCCAGCAAGACUUUAUCCAGAGGGGAAAUGUCCAUUGCAAAGUGGAAGCAUGAAUCAUAACUGUCAUUUGGCUAAUUUACAGAUGGUGGAAGAAGUAGUUGGUUUAGAUGCGUGGGAAUCCAUUAAAACAUCAUCUGUUGGAGUUAUUCUGAGGCUGAAAGAGCUGAAUUAUACCUGGUCAGCCAAGGCGGUUCACCAUUUACUUACAAACCAAUUGGUGGUUAAUAAUAUCCAUGAGAUAUGGUCUGCUAUAGAAGGUCAGCCAAUUAGGUUUUCGCUAUAUGAGUUUGGUGAUAUUACGAGUUUAAAUUGCGAGCCUUUCAACAUAAAUGACGAGGUGGAGAUUGAUCAUAAGCCAUUUUGGGAAGAGCUUGGUGUCUCUCCUUCACAUAGUCCUAUGCUUUCUGAGUUGCAGUCGUUGUUCACUAAAAUUAGGAAUUGGUCGUUUGAGAAGAGAAGAAUGAUUGGUUUACUAUGUGUCUUGUCUAUUGGAGUACUUGGCAUCUCUCCAGGCAGUAGAAUUCCUUUGGAUCAAGCAAAGAGAGUCCUAGACAUAGAAGCAUUUGACAGAUACCCUUGGGGGCGUGUGGGAUUUUCUAGCCUGGUAAAUUCAGUGAAAAUUGUUUCAUAUGAAGGAAGGAACAAGUAUACACUUCGCGGAUGCGUACAUGCUCUCCUCAUCUGGCUGUAUGAGUCGAUACCUGGUAUUGGGCAUGAAUAUGGGAAUCAUAUUGAGGGUAACCAAGUUCCUCUUCUCUCCUGGUAUGGAUCUCGUGGUCGUAUAAACUGGGAUGAGUUUUAUAAAAAGGAGAAAAGUCUCCAUCUGAAGGUUACGUUUCUUUUCUUCAUUUUUGUUUUUUUUUAAAGUGAUCACUUGAGAUAGAGUGUAAGGCGAUUGGCUGUGGUUUUGAAGGACUUUCUGAUCAGUGCAUUCCAGCAAUGCGUAUUAAGUUAGCUGCUGAGAUCUAUGAUGAGGUUUUGGAUCUGUAGUAUUUUAAGUUUCUGAUAUGAUAUUCUAUGUUUUGAACGUUAUGGAUAUGUAGUAUUUUCAUU